AUGAGGGGUCCUCGUCCGCUUGGCGUUGUCAUCAAGCUGGGAACUAGCUCGAUCGUGGACGAAAAGACCCAUGAGCCUCUUCUCUCCAUCCUGACGUCGAUAGUCGAGACGGCAGUGAAGUUGAGGAAAGAUGGACACAGGGUUGUCAUCGUCUCGUCCGGCGCCAUUGGCGUUGGCCUGCGUCGCAUGGAUGUCGACAAGAGGCCGAAGCAGGUCUCAAAACUGCAGGCUCUUGCUGCUAUUGGCCAGUGUCGCCUCAUGAGUCUAUGGGAUAGCCUGUUCAACCACCUUCGACAGCCAAUUGCUCAGAUUCUCCUCACCAGAAAUGAUAUCUCCGAUAGGUCGAGGUACCUUAAUGCCCAGAGGACCUUUAAUGAGUUACUCGAUAUGGGUGUGAUCCCCAUCGUCAACGAGAACGACACGCUGGCAGUGUCUGAGAUCAAGUUUGGCGACAACGACACGCUCUCGGCCAUCACAGCUGCCAUGGUCCACGCCGACCUCCUUUUCCUCAUGACUGAUGUCGACUGUCUGUACGACAAGAAUCCCAGGACGAACCCUGAUGCUCAGCCUAUCGAGGUAGUUGAAGACAUUGGGUCCUUGGUGGCAGAUGUCUCGUCCGCCGGCUCAUCCCUCGGAACAGGCGGCAUGUCAACCAAGAUCGUCGCUGCCCGUCUCGCAACCUCAGCUGGCGUCAUGACCAUCAUCACACGCUCCUCCAACCCAGGCAACAUCAUCAAGAUCGUCAAGCACGUCCAAGCAAGCCGCUCCCCACCCUCUCUCGCCGCCGCAGCCACCACUGCCAAAGCAACCCGCGCCAUAAAAAAGCAACAACAAUUCCCCUCCGCCGAAACCCCCGACCUCCCCCAGCAAAACCCUGAGACAAACCCCGCUACCGCCGCAGCCUCCGCCGCUCCCUCCGCCCUCGCUACCCCCGAAAAAAUCCCCCUCCACACACGCUUCCUGCCCUCCCAGCAACGUAUCCGCGAACGUCACUUCUGGAUUCUGCACGGCCUGCGCCCGCACGGCACGCUGUAUAUCGAUCAGGGUGCGUACCGCGCACUUGUGGGAAAAGCAGGGCUGUUACCCGUCGGCGUGGUUGACGUAGAGGGGACGUUUGCAGGUCACGAGGCGGUCCGGCUUGUGGUAGUUGAGAGGGUGAAGAAGACGUAUGGAGGGGAGUCCCCGACCUCUGAGGGGGAGGGACAGCAGAAGGAGAAGGAGAGAUUGUGGGUGAAGGGGACAGAACGGGAGGUGGGACGGGCACUAACGGAGUAUUCGAGCGCGGAGAUCCUGAGGAUCAAGGGGCACCAGAGCUCGGAGAUCGAGAAGUUACUGGGGUAUGCGGAUAGCGAGUAUGUUGCGCAGAGGGGAAGCGUCAGUCUGUUUGAGACGAGGCCGGCUACGCCGGUUAGGGAGAGCGCUGAUCGGAAGGGGGAUGAGAGCGAUGCUGCGGCUGCGGUAUGA